AUGGGCGAGGGGUCUUCCUUCACGCCGGAGGAGAUGCGGCAGUUGCGAGAAGCGACCGCAUUUUCCGAGGCACAAAUUGUUCGACUUCAAAAGCGGUUUGCGACGCUCGCUCAGGGGGGACGGGGAGUCCUGACAGCGGAGGCGCUCAGCUCCAUCUCCUCAGUGGCCUCAAACCCUCUCCUCGGGCGUGUACUGGCGGUGUUGGAUACAAGUGGGGAUGGAAAAAUUGACUUUAUGACGUUUGCAAAGGCCCUUGCCGUUUUUUCCCCGCAGGCUGACAAGCGGGAAAGACUGCGAUUUACCUUCAAGAUGUACGAUGUUGAUGGCGACGGCAAGAUCAGCAACAAGGACCUGUUUGAGACGCUGACGAUCAUGGUGGGAACCAAUCUCACGGGGGUUCAGCUGCAGCAGAUCGUGGACAAAACAUUUAUUGAAGUGGACCUGAACCGUGACGGGUACAUUACAUUUGAAGAAUUUGAGAAAUUGUCCCUCCUGAACAAUUUUGGAGAUCGCCUUAGCCUCUCCAUUUAG